CUCACACAACAAAAAAUGGCAGUUUUACCUACAUUUGCAAUGUUAAGCCAUUUGGAUCUUGGCUUUGUUAGUGGUGAAGUUUUGAUGAGCUUUCUUCAAAAGACUCCAUUUCUCAAUACUCUAGUUUUCCAGGGAAUAUCUAAAUUCAACCAAGAGCUUCUGAAUUCUGCUGUUGUGCCCAAUUGCUUGGCAUCCACUCUCAAGGUUGUGAAAUUUGAUAAUGCCCGUGUAUCAGAGCCUGAGCUGUUUUGCGCCAAAUUUUUUAUGGAACAUUGUAUAGUGCUUGAGAGGAUGAAUUUCUCCCUUGUUAAUGGGAGGAAGGGAAAAUCUCCAGUCAUCGAAGAAUUUAAGGAGAAGCUGUACUUGUCUAAGAAAGAAGUCUCUUCUGUCAUACUUGAAUUUGAUUAGCAAGGUUGCAGAAACAAGUGGUUCAGGUCUACAAUGUUUCUUUUUCUUAUGCUAUAACUUAUAAGAUAAGAUGAUAUAGUAGACUAUGUUUGUUUUGUUUACAAUUUGUGAUGCUAUGGUGUAAUUUUGUAGACUAUGCAAGUAAUUGUCUACAAAUGAUGACUAUAUUUUGUCAAAAAGAUA